CACUUUUGCUCUGCAACUUUGUACAUCGCAAACGUUUGAGGCAAACAUUUCACCAGUCUGGUGAUGACGUCCUCAGAAGUUAAACAAACUUACGCGCGCAGCCAACGACCGACGCCCGUGGAUGGCUAUCCAACAUCGACGUCUACAUUACAAACAGCAACUGAGAAUAUCCUACUGAAGCAACUACUUGAUUCAUCAAGAAUACCCGGCGAUGCUAGCCCGCCCAGCACCACCGGGCCUGUGCUUCAGAGGAAUCAACACCUACAAUUCCUUCUGCGGAAUCUACUCCAAGGCUUUCCGCAGAGAUAUGUAUCGCAGGAUGCCAGCCAACCAUGGCUAUUGUUUUGGACGCUGCAGGGGUUCAGUGUGCUAGGAGUAGGACUCGAUGAUAAAAUAAAGAAGAGGGCGCGAGAGACCCUUCUCGCUCUUCAACAUCCAGACGGCGGUUUUGCGGGUGGUCCCGGCCAAUUUUCCCAUCUCUUGCCUACAUAUGCGGCAGUCUGUUCACUCGCAAUCGUCGGACAACCAGGGCAGUCUGGCGCGUGGGAUGCCAUAGACCGGAGGAAAAUGUAUGACUUUUUUAUGUCGCUCAAGCAGCCAGAUGGGUCCUUCCUCGUUUCCCAUGACGCUGAAGUCGAUGUACGCGGCAUUUACUGCCUACUCGCAGUUGCGACCCUUCUGAACAUAUUGACGCCAGAGCUUCUUGCUGGACUACCCGAGUUCAUUGUAAGCUGUCAGACAUAUGAGGGCGGCUUUGGCAAUGCGUCUUUCCCGGAAUGGGACUUCCAGGAGGAAAACGAUGAAGUCACACGUGUACCGUCUGCACCGCGCCCUGUGCUCGGCGAGGCACAUGGCGGCUACACCUUCUGCGCCUUCGCGUCCUGGGUGCUCCUCCAGCCGUACAUCCGCUCCUACUACACUCCGGCCGGGUCUGCCAAUACCAACCCCACGAUCGACUAUCGUGCGCUCCUCCGUUGGCUCGCGAACAUGCAGGGCACCGCCAUCGAGCUCGGCGGCUUCAAGGGGCGUACGAACAAGCUUGUCGAUGGGUGCUAUAGCUGGUGGGUUGGUGGCUGCUUCGGCCUCGUCGAGGGCCUGCUCGGCAUCCAUGCUGCCCCUCCUGCUUCCACCGGGGUCAACGAAAAUAGUGCAUCUACGACAGCGGAUACCUCCGCAGGAGGCGCGAGCGACGACGGGUGGCAUGAUGCUGAUGACGCCCUGUUGAAUCGCCGGGCGCUUCAGGAGUACAUCCUAUACGCUGGACAACAUCCUGCCGGCGGAUUGCGCGAUAAGCCACCUAAACCGGCGGACUCGUACCAUACACUGUAUUGUCUCGCGGGACUGUCGGCCGCGCAGCACCGCGUGACACCCGAUGAGACGCGGCGCGCUCAGCUGCUAGAACGGUGGAACGCAGGCGAAGCGCGGCAGUGGGAUGUGUCGGGAUUACAAAAUCUGAUCACGGACCAGCAAGCACGUGCGGAUGCCUUGCGGAAAGACGUAUUCGCCAGUACACUAAGUUGGCUCGAAGACGAGGGCGCGGACGAGUACAUUGGUGGAAGUGGAAACCGCGUGAAUGCAACGCAGCCCCUGUUCAAUCUGACCGUUACUCACACGGAGCUCAUGAUGGCACAUUUCUAUGGACAGAAGUUGCCUCCGCGACAGGCAAAGACACCGCCAAAGUCGAAGUAGUCACAAAGUCUAGAACGUCGGAGACAUCAGGCGCGAGUUUUGAAUUGGCGGGUGAACUAACGGCAUGGAGUUGUCAACAAAGUGUAUCGAUAGUGGGAUGAUGAAACAUUGUGCAUUGUAAUCAUAUCUUGCUUCCUGACAUCUUGGGGGCUGAAUUGCUACUCCCGCUGCACGGGUUGUAUCAGGC